AUGAAGCGGGCAGGCUCAAAAGGCAAGACAACAGCAAGCUUCCUGGCGCUUUGCGCGGGUUUAAUGCAACAGAAGGGCGAGGCGUUAAACAACGUCGGUUCGACAGAGAUGAGGGAGAGAAAGUUGGAUUGUACGAUUGGUGGAGAUGAAGGGCGAUACAUUCUGAUGGUUGCGGAGAACCUAACGCCAUGGUCUCUUAGUUUCAUCAUGGUGGGCGAGUUGACAGGUGAGGAGUUUGGGGGAGCAGCAUGCGCAGUAACAGCAGAAAUUGCAUACAGGGUCUCGCAUCGCCAUUCAGAUAUUGAGACUAUGCGGCUGCAUGGCCCGAACUCUGAGGCUUGCACGGCAGACGACGGAGUUGUUGAGCGAGAGUAA